AUGGAAUUCACUCAAGAAAUUAAAGAUAGCAUUAAGAAUAACAUGCUCCACAUCACCACCGUGAUGAAGAAUAAACCUAGAAACUACCUCAACAAGUAACUCCAAGAUGCUGUUUGCAACUACUUCCUUGAAAACUACGCUGCUCCCUUCCUUAAAGAAGAAUACCAAAUUGUUUCUGGUCGUGAAUUGCGUAAGAAGAUUGAAAACUCUCUUCCUAAAUAAGGCAAGAAAUACAUUAAUCUUUUAAACAAAUUCAAGUCUGAAAUUUAAAGAGUCCAAAAAGGCGAUGAAUAUCGCUCAAUGCUCUCUGCUAUGGUUUCUGAAGAAGAAAAGUACGUAUUUGAAUCUGAAGAAUGGUGCACUUUGCAAAGAAAGAAAAUACUUGCCUUGCUCUUAAUCAUCCACUGGGAUGAAGAAAACAUCCUCAAUUUCUACGAUAUGUGGAAUUCUCUUUACCCAACUGACCCUCUUAUUAAGUAGAAGCUCUCCAAAGAAGAAAAGGAAAAGCAAAAAAGACUUGCUAAGGAAUCUGCUUUGAUUUCCAACAACAAUUUGCCUUCCUAAAACUACUGCUAAUUCUCCGAAACCUCCUCUUAAGACCUCAACUGUAAGAGACCCUCUUCUCAAUCUCUUUCCUAAAGCUACGAUCUCUACUCUUACUCCACCAACGCCUCUUAGGGAUAAAUGUACUCUGAAUAUGCAUUCGUCAAUCAACAAAACCCCAGAAAGAUUAUCAACAACUAAAUUUUUGAAGACAACGACGAAGAAGAAGAGGAAUAAAACUACGUUAAAGUAGAAUACUAAUAAAUGAAUGUUGCCCAAAAAAGAGUUUGCGAAGUUGUAGAAAUUUCUUCCAAAAUCUCCAAAGCUCAAUAGUAUUAUCAAUACUAUUCCAACUUCAUCAAGAAUUCAUAAGAACCUGUUUACGAAUAAAAGUAAUAAUAAUGCUAACAAGAACCCGCUGUUUGCGACUAUAGCUACAAUUAUGAGUAAAAUCAAUAAUACUUAAAGGUUGAAUAUUUCUCAAACGACUGCUGUGAAAGCCAAUCUCAAAAUAUUGAGUAUUACAAUUUAAAAAAUAACGAAUCUCAACUCUGCACUGAAGAUUCCUAAAGCUAUAAGAAUGACGACUUUUCUUAUGAAAAUGCUUAAUGGUUGAACUAAAACUUCCUCAACAUGAAUUCCAACCUCAUGGAAAACACUCAUUUCGCUUUCAUUAACUUCUGA